AAGUACUUGCAGGCAGAUCCAAUUGAACUGACAUUGGGGUCAGGACACGGUUUGCCUCUUCGUCACUGUACCUCAUAAUGUCUGCUCUCGCCGCCGUACUAGCCGAUCCUGCCUAUCAUGACUACCUCUCAAUCAUCAAGGGAGCUCGCAAUGGCUUCGUUUAUGGCGUGAAAGUGCGGUUUCCGCAUGCGCUCAUCAUGGCGAUACUGUUCGGACGUGGCGACUGGAAGACUCGCUUUCGAGCGAUAUAUCGCGCGACCAGACAACACGCGUUGAAUCUUGCCAAAUUCGUGUCAUUGUACAAAACAGUUCUGCUGGUCCAGAAAAAGCUGAAUGGCGGCGUACAACGCAGUGCGGACACGUUUAUUGCCGGACUCGUUACGGGCUAUGUUGUUUUCGGUGACCGUAAUGCGGUCAACGAGCAGAUCGUGCUAUACGUCUGCUCACGGGUCGUGGCAUCCUUCAUACCCCGUGCUGCUUCACCGUACUCCAUGAGCUCUGCCAGCAGUUCCGUCGUGAAGCCGGUUCCUCCGGAUGCCCGCAAAUUCUCGAUAUUCGCGGCGCUUUGUUGGGGAGCGGUCAUGUGGCUCUUCAACGAAAGAGGCGAGACGAUCCAGCCCGGGAUGUUCCAUUCCAUGGUGUACCUGUACCGUGAUUCGGAGCACUGGAACAGUCUGCGGACGCUCCUCUGGCAUAACAAGUGAUACGAGAUUGGUCUGUAGGGCUAUAAAUGAGGUUCUUCCUAUUGGAUGCGGCAUAGGUCAUAGGUGUUGCAGCCAGCUAUCCCUGUCAUGUAGACGUCUCCGAUUUUUCAAUCUUUCAAUUGGAAUCAUUAGUUCAUCCGUCACAGAUGAUUCUAUCAAUGCAUCGUAUGGUAU